AGACGGUUUCAAUGUCGAAGGUUCAAGGAAUAGGUAAUUUAUGCCUUAGAAACAUCAGAGGUUCACCGAAUAACAUAUAGCCCUGGGAUAAUGUAUAGAGAUUCAAGAAGAUUAGAUUAGCAGCUUCAAGGAAAGAAGUGAAUCUUCUUCGAAGAGUGCCCAAUCGUUCUCCAAGUUAUCCGUGAUUGCUUCAAUCACAAUGAGUUAUAAAUUGGUGCGAGUUAUCGCUGGAUUUUUAACAGUUCGCAAUCAGAGGUGAUGGAGUGCUUUAAUGAGGUCGAGGAAUAUUCGGUAGAGACGGAAAAAUAAAAAUGCUUUUUAAAAAUAAUUCAGGUGGAAGGGAGAGCUUUUGGAAAGUCUGCGCAGACUUGAAUAUUCAGGAAAGGGGUAAUUCUGAUGAAAAUGGAGGAAACCGGAUUUCAAAUGAACGAAAUGCUCGGUGAUUUCGAAGAAGGAAAUUAAUGUUCCUAAAGGGGUAAUAGAAUCCUCUUAAAAAUACUCUCUCCUUCCGUAAAAUCAAAGAUUUUUUUGUAACGGAAGCCUAAGGAUGUUCUAAGAACAGUACUAGAAACUAUUGAACGUAACAUUAACAUAAGGGGAGUGGAUAUCUAAAACCGGUGAUUCGAUGAAUGUGAAAAAAAUUUGACGUUUUGACAAACUGCAAGUCGUUGAGAAAUAUUGCUAAAGCGAUGAAUCUCAUCAGACGACAGACUACCCCAAAUAAAUAAUGCCCUACGGCACUCUGAAGGCAUAAUCUCCACACGGCCUAACAAAUUCAAAUGAAUCAAAGACAAUUCCCGUAAAAUGAUAGUUGAUAAUACCAAAGAUGUGACAUGUGACAGUGACAUGGGCUUGGAGAAAGAACUCUAGAAAAAUUAAAGAGGUGCUCCCUCGGAGAUCAUAACAAAUGACUCAUUAAAAGAAUUGGCCCGUCCACCUCUCGGACCAAUCAUCCACAAUCAAGAGGCUGGUAAUGAGCCCCCAGAAGCUUCCCAACCCCAUCACCCUCUUGACCACCAUGUGCAAUCAUCACCAAUCAAGCACCAUCUAAUCAGUCCCCCCUGAUUUUCCCCGUGAGACAAAUCCGGGGUUGAAAUCCCCCGAAAAGCCCCGAGCGCACUAUCACCUUGGAAUCCCUGGCAGUCCUCGGCCACCUGUUCCUCACUUUUUACCUGGGGUCCAUCGGCGAUCCAUCGCCACGCCCUCGAACCAAUCAACUCUCGCCCUCGGGCCUGACGUCAUCGAUAUCCAACCGGUAGGGUACUGAACCUAGGGUAGGGGAACAUCGGCCAAGACCUGCUUGCAGUGCAGCAUUAAACGGGGACCACGAGGCGGGUGAAUUUCAAGACCCCAAGAAGUGGGGGAUACCAACAAUCUCCAUCUCACUCACUCACCUAGGACCCAGUGGUCACCACCACGGGAUAAACUUGGCCUGCUGCAAGUGUGAGUUACACCGAAACCUCGAGAGAGUCGUUCCUCUUUGACUCCUUGUAAUUUUCAUUCGUACGCCAAAAAGACGACGUAACAGUGUCCACUGUCCAGCGAUACGUCAACUCCUGGUAUCUUACCCAUUCGAUAUCGGUCAAACCAUAAAACCAUAAAAUCAUAAAAUCAUAAAAUUAUAAAAUCAUAAAAUCAUAAAAUCAGAAAACCGGUCAAGUGUCACCCGUUGUCAUCCGUUAUAUGAUAAGAAAAUUAAUAGUCAUUGAUUUGAAAUCUUGUGUCAUGUUUUUAAAGUGAACGCGACGAAAGUGGGAAAAGGUAGUUUGAUGAUACGGGAGUGAUUGAUUCUGUCAAUGAUAUUGAUUGUCCAUGUUGCGGGGGGUGGCUAGGGGAUUGGGGUGGCUGGAAUAAGUGAAGUUAUUCUCGAGUGAUAACCACCAGGGUGUGAUGCCCUGGUUAUGGUUAAAAGUGAGUGAGGCUAGUGGAAAGAGGUGGUGGUGGUAUUAUCGUCGCAACCCAGUGGGAUUGAUUGGUUUGAUAGAACCCACGUGAUAUUAUGGUGGAAUUAGGUGGUAAAACGAGAUUGGUCUCGUACCUACAAAAAAUACGUAACAAUGAUAAUUAUCAAAGAUGUAGAACUAGAAGAAGAUAUCCACCUAGGAUUCUUAUUGUUGUACUUCUUGUACUCUGGUUACCGGCGUUGGAGAUACCGGGGGUUUUAGCCUGUGGUCCUGGUAGGGGUGGCGGAAGGCGACCAAUACUGCGCAAACUCACCCCAUUAGUUUUCAAACAGCAUGUGCCAAAUGUCAGUGAGAAUACACUGCCAGCCAGUGGAUUGCCAGAGGGACGGGUAUCAAGGGAUCACACGAGAUUUCGCGAUCUUGUUCCCAAUUACAAUGCCGAUAUCAUUUUCAAGGAUGAAGAGGGCACAGGAGCUGACAGGCUCAUGACUCAGAGGUGCAAGGAGAAGCUCAAUACACUGGCGAUAUCGGUGAUGAACCAGUGGCCUGGAGUGAAGCUCAGGGUGACUGAGGGAUGGGAUGAGGAGGGCAAACAUGCCACUGACUCUUUGCAUUAUGAAGGUAGAGCUGUGGAUGUUACGACCAGCGAUCGGGAUCGCUCCAAGUAUGGAAUGCUGGCUAGGCUCGCUGUUGAAGCUGGCUUCGACUGGGUCUACUAUGAAUCCAGGUCGCACAUUCAUUGUUCUGUUAAAUCAGAAUCGUCCUCAGUAGGAAAAUCCGGAGGUUGUUUCCCAGGAAGUAGUUCAGUGCUAACACCAAGUGGUCCAAAGCUCCUGUCCUCCCUAGGAGUUGGUGAGGCGAUAGCGUCCCUGGACUCGGCCGGAGAAAUCGUCUUCUCCGAGGUGAUAGCCUUCCUGGACUACGCGCCCUCAUCUAAACGCCAGUUCAUUCGACUGUCGACAUCAUCAGGGAGACAACUGACGCUGACGCCCUCUCACCUGGUACCAACAGAACCCAAGGACCUGAAGACACCCAGUAGUAUCAUCUAUGCAGCCAAAGUUCAGGUGGGAGACAGGAUUUUGGUGAGAGACGACGACAGAACCCUGCCUGGUGGCUCCAGAGUCAGGUGGGAUGAUGUCAUCGAGGCUGAACUCGUCCUGGAGGAAGGGGUAUAUGCGCCUCUCACCAGGGAGGGGACAAUAGUUGUUGAUGAUGUAGUCGCCUCGUGCUAUGCAAUCGUCAACAGUCAGACAAUCGCUCAAGUUGGCUUCUUCCCACUGAGGCUCCUUUCCACUAUUACUGAUGGACUCCAGAGUGUUAAAGACUUCUUCUGGCACUCACAUGGUGGCCAGGACAUCACCACCAACGAGAUCCAAGGCUCAAAGUCUAUGAACUCGAGGUGGAGACAGCCAGAGGGCCUCCACUGGUACGCCAACUUCCUCUACUCCAUAUCCACGUACGUUCUACCCUCCUCCAUGCUGUACUGAAUAUUUUUUAUUAUGGAGAUGGGAUCCACGUGGACAACAUACCGGUGUUUAUUUUUUUUUUCUUGUAAAGAAUGAUUGGAUUACGGCUUUAGAGGGGUAAUUUGAAGAGAAUUCUUUCGUUGACUGAUGAAUCGGGGAAAAUGUCGUUUUUUAUCUGAACUUCCUGAACUCUUCAGCGACCCCACGACCGUUAAAUUAAAAGGUCUCCGCGAUAAAAAAAAAUAUAAAAUCAGAAGGAAACUUUGAAGCUAGAAUUAUUAGUCGGGAAUGUGUAGAAAUUUCCGAAAUACAGCUUGAACAAUUCUCUCAUUUUACAGAAACAGGAUAAAAUGAGUUGAGGUAUAUUCGAAGAGGGGAAAUAAUUUCUAUAAAUAUUUUAAAAUGCGAAGUGGGACAGGUGUGAAUGCCGCCAUGUUACUUGCAUACUCUCUAAUUUAAAAAAUGGCGGUAUCACACCUCGUAUUUUCAAACAACUAUUAAAAUUAUUCAUCUUCAUUAAAUCACCCUCAAAUAGUUCAAUUCUUUUCCUAUAAAGUGAACAAUUUUUUAAUGUAAUUGUGCACAUAAUUCUACUCGUUCUUUAGCUGAAAAUUCAUAGACAAUCGUUUUCUUCUCCUUUUAGUGAUUUUUUAAAUCCCGAGCCUUUUAGUCCCAUGAUCAUCUGUAAUUAGGGAAUUAUCAGGCAGUUCGUCCAAGACGAACUUUCUGACGCUCGCAACGGUGAGUAUGCGAGGCAUAGAGCUAUGAUUAUUUAAUAAAAUUUUUUUAAAAAACAAAGUGUAGAAAAAAAGUCUUAAACAAAAGUUGGCCAGUGUUCAUCUACUCUGUACUCUUUUUUUUCCAUUGAUUAAAUUAAUUAAAUCCAGUGUCUCCAGUAGUCAUUACUCGCUUAUUCGAGGUUAACUGCGACUGGGAAAAUUCUGUAAAUAAAAAAAAAACGCCUCUAUUUUAUUGUAAAAUCAAUGAAUGUUAUCAUUAAUAGUUAUUGAUAUUUUUAUCACGGUAAUUAAUAUUUUUUUAAUUCUAUCAUAUUUAUCGGGUGACCGUAAGCGACUGUACUAUAGCCUCUUUCCUCUCUAUUUUAUUUUAAUUAUUAAUUAUUAUUAGCUUUGUUAGAAAUAACGAGUAGCGUUUUAACGAACAAAAAAUUAGGAAACAAAUUGGGAAAUUGAUUUCAAAUGAGCAGCUCCUGUUCUUAAUAUAAUGUGCUAUUUUUUCAUGUGAAAUGCUUAAGUUAUAUACCAGAAAAAAAAUAAAUAAAAAACACACAGUGUG